UGACUCCGAUCCCCGACGUGCAGCAGCGCAUUUGAUUGAUGACGCAAUUGUGGCGGCGCCGCGGCGCCCUGUCUGUUCCCGCGCAAUGCUAAACUCGCUUUGUUAUUUCGAAACGAGACGCACGUUCGCGAGGCUAGCUCCUCAAAUUUGUCCGAGAACCGCGUAUACUUCCGAAGAAAAGUGAUUCGCGAUUGCGCGGACUGAUCUCCUUCGCCAUCUCGAUCUAGGCUGAACGUGAAACAAUGGCAGAUCGAAGCCAGUCGAGCGACUUCGAUCGCAUCUUCGACGCGGUAAUUAACCUGCGAAAAUCCCUGGAAUGCACGAUUUGCUUGGAGCUCAUGACAGAACCUACCAAGACACGAUGUGGUCAUUCAUUCUGUAAGUCCUGUAUAGGAGGAGUGUUGAAGAAGAAAAGCGCGUCUUGUCCUCUAUGUAAGCUGAGUCUCAACAAACGAAGUAUUUCCAAGGAUGAUCAUCUGCAGACCUGCAUCGAGAAAUUUAAAACGCUUAAGAAUUCUAUCGAGAUGGACAGCUUCAUUGACUUACAAUCGUACUCGAAACAGCCGCGCAAUACGAAGGAAAGCUGCUCUUCUUCAGAUCAUCCUAAACAAUCUAGCCGAGAAAAAGAAAAGAAGUCUAUUGGUCAAUUGAAUCAAAGCACGAGCAGGGAAAUCGACAAACCAUCGACAAGUCGCAGAACAAUGAUUGAUGAUGACAAUUCACGGUGCGAUUUGGACUCGUCAGCCGUGAAGCUUGAAAUCUUAUCGAACCUUCCCUACGCUUUGCCCAGCAACGAAAGUGACAAUGCGAUUCACAGAACACCGGAGCUCAAAGUUCGCACGUGGCUACAUUCGGUUCCCGAUAAGCUGACCAAUGAUUGGAUCGACGAUUGGAACGAAACACCAACAAUCGAAGGCAAAGCUAAGCCGUUAGACGAUCUAAUAUCCGACGAUGGUAAAUCAGACGAGCUCUUCGAUAAACUCCGCAACGGAGUCGACGCAAGUCCCAAGCCAGGUCGGGAUAAAGAACGGGACGCGGAUUGCUCAGAGGAUAUCGUCGAGGUCGACGCGUCGUCCCAGGCGGAUAAAAAAGCAAAGCAGAGUGGCAAAGUAACAAAGAUCGAUUCCACUGCAAAUAAAUUGAAGUACAACGCGUCUCACGCCAGAAUCCGCGCGAAGAAAAGCCGUGAGAAAGAUGCGAGCUCGAAGUUGGAGACGGUCUCUCUAACUAACUCGUCAUCGACGAGCGAUAAGGUACAUCAGAUCACGUCGUCUGCGCCCUCCCGUCCGAGCACAUCCGCGAUCGCUGAGCAUUCCACCACGAACUGGUCCCGCGUGAUCGAGUUUGGGAAGGAGAUGAAACGCGCGAAGAAGAGAAAAGUGAAGAAACUGAAUGUGAGCACCGAGAGAAAGAAGGAGCCACCCCGGAUAGUCGAGAACAUUACACUCACGCCGAACAGCAAAUACGAUGCGGCUCAAAUUAAGAUGGGUUUGAAUGAAAAAGAAAAAAAAGCGAAUGUAUCUAAUCGGCCGGAGGCGAAUAGGAAACAGGACGUGAUUGAUAAAAGCCUGACUUUAUCAGACGCAAAUGGGAAAGCGUUGAGUGAGACGAAGUCGCAAACGAGAUUACUUGACACUGAUAGUUCGAAAUCAAAUUAUUAUUCUGCGAUGAGCACGUCGCAUAUCACAUUGGAGGAGGGCAGGAAAAUACACAUAAUGGGCUUGAACAGCAUUCAGCAAGAAAUUACCGAUUUCGAGAGCGCCGUUGAAGAUCCUGAAAGUCGCAAGGAAAAUGUCGUUCAUUACUGUGAUUCAUUGCUGUCACCGCAAAAAAGAUUAAGCUUACUAACGCCGGAGAAACUCAACGAUUCUGUAGACGAUCGCGAAAUAAUCCCUGGCGCUUCGCAAACUUCAUCUGACAACUUUGGAAAUUCGUCCUGCCUGUCGGCCGAAAAACGGACUGCCGGACCCCGAGAGAGCGAUAGUGUUCAGGGGAGCCCGAGCGUGGUUGCUUCUUCUCAAUUACAGCCUGCCUCGUUGAGUAAGGGUAGAUUAUCGUUAGGAAGAAAGGGAAGCGGCAAUAAAAAGAUCGUUGCUUCGCCUUUAUUAAGCCAAUUUCCGCUGUCAUACAGAAUAUCGAUUGGUAGACACGAGGAAGAUAGCAAGAGUGUCGGUUCGCCAGGAUCGAAGCUCCGCCAGGACAGCGGGUCGUAUGAUCGAUUGGAAGCUGUGAAACGUGACUUGAACUUCAAGGAAGUCUAUGAAGAUCAACAGCGAGCCGAUCGGGGUACGGUGCUUGCCAGUGCAUUAAAAAGCACCGAAGUCAGAGACAACGAUGGAAACGUUUCCGGAAUUGUUCAUCAACGGGGAAAGAAGCUCGAUCACAGUUCCACUGGCGAACCUACGAAAAAGGCCGUCUCGACAACAUCGAGAACUGUCGCGAAUCAAGAAGAUGGAUCCCCCGUGAAAUUUAUACAACUCGGUUCGUUAAUCAGACGGCGCAAUAUCCAAUAUAUUUUCUUAGGCGCGACCAAACGGGAACUGUCGAUGCCAGCGGAAGUUCAAGUUACUCCGGUGUACAAUAUGCAGCAAACGAUCAUCAAAUCCGAGACGCGUAUGGAUACGAUGUCUCCUAAUCUGUGGAAUAAUUCGGAAAACUCAAACAAUCUCACCGUGGUAGAGAAUAUUUGUUGCGCGAGUAAUUUGAAUUUGAAUCAGUCGGUUUCGAAAGAACUUCCCGCGGCUUCAGCGACCUCGACACCAAACAAAAAUAUUGAUUCUCGUUUAAGCCGAAAGAGCGCGACUAUUGUACAAACACGAUCGGAUAAGUCGGUCGCCGAGAAAGGCGCGCUAGAUAAGAGCGUAAUUCACGGUACGAUCUCGCAUACUCGGCCAGGCACGUCAAAUUCUAUCAAAUUGUUGUCGCCGGACAAAGAUUCUCAGCUGAAGUUUCUGGAGAUAGACUCACCAUCGAGCGAGCGCGAGGAGCUGAGGCGCGCGUGCUCGAUUACGUCCGGUAUCAAAGGAGACAACUUUGCUGAGGUGAAACGUUCACGCCUCGCGACAUCUGCGCCGGACAGGGUGCAAGGACCUUUCGUGGAAAAGUCUUAUAAAAAGAGGAAAAGAAUGAGAUGCGCCGAUGACAAAGAGCUAUUUGAGGACUUCAGCGACGAAAACGACGAUUCUCGCGACUCAGCCAGUGACAGCAGUCAAAGAACGAUAAAACUUGACAGCGAAUAUAAAAAGGCGAUGGCGAGUCGCUCGGAUGCGAAUAAAAAACGUCGUUUGAGUUCCCCGAACGAUCAGGAUAUCGUGGUAAUCUCGUUGGAUUCUGCAGAACAACCCCAGAACCAAGUUAAGGUGUCUCGCUCGGACACGAAAUCGGAAUCGACAACGCGUGUUAAGAAAAAUUUGAAGAGCGACGAUCAAUGUGCCCGGCGGAACGCAUCAAUUACGGACACGGCUACGAAAAAAUGUUCGGAGCAGAAUUCGGAGGACGAAGAGCGUCAGAGUAUUCGGAAGAUAGUCGACGAAAGGACCAACGAUGCGCGAAAGAAUGUGAGGGAGGAAAGCAAGAACAAUCAGGACGGCGUCAAAUCAAGAAACUCACGCGAAAAAGAAGACGCGGCGAGCCAUCAAUCGUCUCAUUCGAGUAAUGCACUCAGGAUGGAGAAGCACACGAACGCAAAGUCAAGUCAGAAAAGUACCUCAAAGGAACCCGAUACAUUUGAGAGCUGUAGCUUGUUCAAUUCGGAAAAUAUCGAGUACAUACUGCAGCAGCAACCGACAAGGUUGAACGCGAACGAUACGUCGAAGAAAACCGUGGAUUCCUCUAACGACGACAUUAUAAACAGAGUGCUGCAGAUUGAUCGAUCGCAGAGUAAUCCCGACGUAUGUCGACCGCCCGAGUCUGCCGCGCGGAACGACAUUACAAGUCAAGGAGAAAAGGAUAGCAGGCGAUUCUUGGAGGAUAAGGAUAGUUUUGACGACAUCAUCGCCAAUGUCGAGCAGCCACAGAGCGACAAUUUCAUACCUUGUACCGAACGGUUGGAUCGCAAUCCCGAGCGCCCGUUGGCGAAACAGAAAACGUUGGAUUGUCCCGCGAUGAUGGAUGAAUCGUGCGAUACCAUGCAGGAAACUCCAAUCAUACCUCCAUCAUCGACGAACGACAUGUUCGAGUACCAUUCUCCUAAAAAAGUUAGGAAGUCGUCUGUAACGAGUGUCAUGUUCAAAAAUGUUGACAAGGAGAACGUAGUCUGCAGUCAAAAGAGAUACGACAAUGUGGGUGACCAAGUAGACAGAAAAAUUGCAACGGCAAACGCGAUUGACAAAGACUCCCGUAAGAAAAGUAUAUCGAAGGAAAAUGUAUCGCGAGAAAAGGAAAAGUUUCCCGAAGAACGUAAUACUUCGAUACAAUCGGCGAGUCGGCUUCACGUCGAUGACGGUGAAACGCAGAGAACAACAGCUGCUAGCAAUGAAACAAAAUCAAAGGACGAUACUUUCGAGGAUGACUCGCUCAUGGAUAUUACGCAGCAUCAAGAUCACCUGCAAAUGUUUGAGGAGGAUCUGUUCGGCAUCGCAGCCCGAAAUCGAAUGAAGGAAACGAAAAUGUUUUCGCAGGAUGAUCCGUCCUGUGAAGGGACGGAGCUACGUACUCCGAGGAAGAGAAAGCAUACUCAAGAUAAAAAUAUGGAGCCAGGGGAACGCUCCGCCGACGAAGACGACAUUGUGGAGAACACUCCUGAGAAAAAGAUGAACAGCGGAAGCAGUAUGAAUACUACCGAGCGGAUACUGAAUACAUCGGGACUGCAUCAGACGGAUCGUCCUUUCCUAAAGAAUGACACAACUAUGUCGAAUCUGUUUUGUACGUUUUCUCAAAGUACGCCAAAAAUACCUCGCAGUUCCACCGUCAUGACCAAUCCUUCUGACGUACACGAAGGAAGCAAGAGGACCGAGCACGCAGAAAGCAGUAUCUUAUUGGCGAAGCAGGUGGACGCGAAAACAUCCGUCGAGAACAUCCGUCGGUUGCUUGAUAAACGAGACCUGCGUUUCGUAUGUAGUGGCUUGUCGUCGGCUCAGAUCGCCGUCGUGAAGGAAUUCGCGGCGGAAUACGACGCGAGUUACGUGAACUCGUUCGACCGCGACGUGACGCACGUUAUCGUGAGGACCACCGGUGAGCAGAACGCGGCGAACAGCACGUUGAAAUAUCUGCAGGGUAUCGCCCACCGAAAGUGGAUAGUCAGUUACAGAUGGGUCGAGGACUGCAUCAAGCAGCGUAAGCUAGUAGAUGAAGUUCCUUAUGAGGCUACUACUUCGCAGAAUGACGGCAUUAACGGCGCCGGGCCUCGUAACUCGAGACUACGCGACAAGGGUCUCUUUGAGGGCUUCACGUUCCUGUGCGUCGGACCGUACGACAACGUUUCAUUAAACCAAUAUCAGGACUUGUUACUCGCGACCGGAGCCACGGUAGUCGAUUCCUUCGAUCUUCUCGCUAAAGUAGGACUUGAAGGGGGUAUGAAGGGCUUUGUAAUCCAAGAUAAUAAUCAUGACGAAAAAACAAUCGAACGUUGGUAUCGCACCACCAGGGCGGCGCCCAUUCUUGUGGAUUGGAUAGUAGAAUGUAUCGGCCAUUACAAAUUAUUUAAGCUUACGAGUUAUAUUUCGUGUCUUUCGCCACAAGAUUUGUACACCAUCGGAUAUACACGAGACCUCGUGGAAGAAGAUGACGAGUACGACGAUGAGUAAAGAGAGAGAUGAGGUAAAAGAUAUGUAUAUAUUUGUUACUUAUUACUUAUAAGUUGUGCCAUUUAGUAUUUCCAACAAAACAGUACAUAAUAUUUUCAUAUAUACUGUAUACUAUAUAUAUAUAUAUAUAAAUUUAAAUCUCGUUAAAUUUAAUCGAUAUGAUAUUACUUUGUUAUAUUAUAUGAUUUCAUCGUUCCUACUUUUGUACACAGUAUAUAUGUUCAAAUGUUACUAAAUAUGUCAUAAUUUAUUUAUGCUUCUCUAUUAAAGAAUGCCUGUUUUUCUUUUUGCGCACAAGAA